AUGGCUGAAGGUUCUUCCAACUUCAGUGUGUGCGUUGACAAUGAAACAUACGAGGAUUGUACUCUUCUCAGGGUCGAAGGUGAGAAUUGGCAUGGUAUUCUCUUACAAAUAGUUCAGGCCUUGAAUGUUUUCCACGUCACUGGUCACCAUGGCCACAAGCUUAGAGACCCCAGCUUCAUGCGCUACAUGCAAAGGUCUCUUGAUGGCUACCAAGAAGGAAACGGAUCUUACGACAUCGCCCAACUCAAAAUCUGUCGCGACAACAAAGUCAAUGAUGAAUGCCUCACUUGUGGCUGCAUCGCCCUCGAACUAAGCUCUGUUGACUGCCCCGUCAUUUUCUUUAAGAUCAGUGCCGUGAUUUUUGAACUAUCUUUCAUGGUGGAUACGGGUGAAGUAUAUGGUGUUGCAUUCACAAUCAUUCUUCCUUUCAAAGAAGAUUCAAUCCCCAAUCUUCUUAUGCAUCGCCUCCAGCUUGGGGAUGGAAUCGUUAUGAUGCAUGCGGAGAUUGCGGAUGGAAUCUUCUUUGAAAAGAAGAAUGGGUGGUUGGCGGUCGGUGGCGGGGCUGACUAUGGUGAUCGCCGACAGGUUGUUCUUCGAUGUGACCGACGACCGGCGGUGACGGUAGCAGACAUGGCGUCAACCGGCGGUGGUGACCACCGGCCGGGGGUGGCUGUUGGCGGUGGUGGCCGGUGUACGGCGACGGUUGACUAUGGUGGCUAG